AAAUUCCUUAAUUCAUAUCCAACGGCCUAUAACCGUUUGAUUGAAUCCAACGGCACAAGAUAGAUCGCGCUGCACCAUGCGUCCAUGCCUUCCACCUUCUCUCUCCUCCGAUCAAUAUUCAAUGUAAUCGAAUCAAGCCCACCAAAACACUGACAAAAAAAAUUCAAUCAAUUUCUUACCAAAUUCCCCAAUUUAAUCGCAAUUGAAUCCCUAAAUCUUCAGAAUUCAACGAAGAUUAAUCGAGAAUUUGAUUGCAGAACAGUGGUGGAAGUAGAACAAUGAACUUUUUGCUGCGGGGGCAAAACCCUAGCUCCGUCGCAGCACCACCAGCAGCCGCCGCCGAUCAACUUCCGCCGGUAUCGCCGUGGCUGAAGAAAACUCCGUCUCAAAGUGUUACGACAUUAGAAGGAUUAAUUGCGGAAAAUAAGUCGAAUUCAGUGGAUCAUUCUACUACAAGUAAUCGUGAUUCGUUUACUGCAGAAAAUGUUGAAAUGAUUUCUUCUGCAUCUAGUAAGGAUUUUGCUCCUCUUGCUGAUAAGCAUGUUGAUGUUAUGGAAGAUGAAGGCUGGAUCACAAUUCCUCAUAAGAAACUGCCUGAUGAUUGGGAUGGUGCUCCAGAUAUACAAUCAUUUCACUCUUUGGACCGUUCUUUUGUUUUCCCUGGGGAACAGGUACAUAUAUUAGCAUGCUUGUCUGCAUCCAAACAAGACACUGAAAUCAUAACCCCGUUCAAAGUUGCUGCUGUGAUGAACAAAAAUGGUUAUGCACAAGGUCCCAAGGACCAAAAUGGAAAUAUUGCAGAACAAGAAUCAAAUUCUGGAGCUCAGCCAAUGGAGCUUGAUGAUAAUGUAGAUGCAAAGAAUGUAAAUAGGCAUCAAGUAGAUGUAUCUGCCAGUGAGUCUUACCUUAGAAUGGAGAAUCAUAGAAGACAAGUGCAAACAUUGCUACAGAGAUUUAAGGAAUCCCAUUUUUUUGUGCGAAUUGCUGAGGCAGGAGAGCUUCUAUGGUCAGACAGAAGCACAAUAGAAGAACCUGAUACUGUAGAUGACACUGAUAGUAUGGAUAACAAUAAAACUGCUGGCUCAAGAACCUCUAUAAGUGCAGUAAUUGAUAGUGGAAGGUUUGAUGCCCGGGCUUCUGGUGGUGUGGCGAGAAAUUCUAUUAAGUGUUGUUCACUCGCUAAUGGAGAUAUAGUGGUUCUUUUACAAGUGAAUGUUGGUGUUGAUUCUUUGAAAGAUCCUACACUAGAGAUUCUUCAAUUUGAGAAACAUAAUGAUAUACCUACGACUUUAGACAGUGAUUUACCAGUUAAAGAAGAGCAUAAUACCUGUGGGGAAUUGUUAAAAUGGUUGCUUCCUUUGGACAACUCUCAGCUUCCUGUAAAUCGACCUUUAUCCCCACCUUUGCUUAAUUCGUCCCACAAAACGAGUUUUUCUGCUUCGAGUGGUUCACAGCUUUUUUCUUUUAAUCACUUUAGAAGCUACUCUAUGUCGUCUCUACCACAAAAUACUGCACCUUCUGCAUCACCAUCAGGUUCUACUGCUUCUGCAAAACCAAACGUUGAUUUAGAAGAUUGGAAUCGUUUUGGGUCUCAAAAAUCCCUGAAGAGUCCAAAAACUGGAUGCCUAGGUCUGCUGUCCUUCCGAGGAGUUCCGUUAGAGCCUGAAAGGUUCUCUGUUUGUUGCGGAUUGGAAGGCAUAUAUAUACCUGGAAGAAGGUGGAGAAAGCAGCUUGAAAUCAUUCAACCAGUUGAUAUCCACUCAUUUGCUGCAAACUGCAAUACAGAUGAUCUGCUUUGUGUUCAGAUUAAGAAUAUAUGUCCAGUAUAUGUUCCGGAUAUUGUUGUAUACAUAGAUGCUAUAACUAUUAUCUUGGAGGAGGCAUCAAAUGAAGCUGGUCCACCUUUGUCUGUUCCAAUUGCAUGUAUUGAAGCUGGAAAUGAUCAUAGUCUGCCAAAUUUGGCCCUGAGGAGAGGUGAAGAACACUCUUUUAUUCUCAAGCCAGCAAUUUCAGUCUUAAAGAAAUCUAAGGUACCUGAUGAUAAAUUUACUAAGUUGCAUUCAAAAUCUGGAAGCAAAGCAACAAGUAUGCGGCUACCUCCUGUAGCUGUUGAAGAAACAAAGAAUACAUCUACUUCUCACAAGUAUGCCAUACUGGUAUCAUGUCGUUGUAACUACUCUGAAUCAAGACUAUUUUUCAAGAAGCCCACUGAUUGGCGACCACGCAUCUCACGGGACUUUAUGAUAUCAGUUGCAUCUGAAAUAUCAAAUCAAACUCUGGAUUUUACUGGAAAAGUCUCUCAGCUGCCGGUUCAGGCAUUGACCCUUCAGGCAUCAAACCUUACAUCUGAAAAUCUUACGUUGACUAUACUUGCUCCAGCAUCUGUUGCACCUCCACCUUCAGUACUGUCACUAAAUUCUACACCAUCAUCACCAGCAAGCCCAUUUAGGGGAAUCGCUACAACUCAAAGAUUAAGCGCAGUAACUCGUUCUACAGAGAAUAACAAACAAAGUGGUGCACAGUCUUUCUCUUCUGAUCAGCAAGGCGUUCCAGUUUCUGAUGUCAUUCCAACAACUGCUUUGAGCUGUACUCACUUAUGGUUGCAUAGUCGAGUUCCGUUAGGAUGUGUUCCUUCUCAAUCCACUGCCAAGAUCAAGCUUGAGCUGCUUCCAUUGACUGAUGGCAUAAUUACACUUGAUACUUUGCAGAUUUAUGUUAAGGAGAAAGAUGUAACUUAUAUCCCUGAGAAUGCGCUGAAGAUCAACGCAACUUCUAGCAUAGCUACUGGAAUCAUUUAAGCCAGUCUGCUCACUCGCAUUCUUUGUAAUUGUAUGAUCUCUCUAGUGAAGAACUUGAAAUCAAGAGAGUGUGUCCCUCCAGUUGUACAUCACCGGCUUUUUAUUUCUGUCAUGUAAGACUGUAUAUUUGAGGUGCUGGUGUUCCUCAAGUAGACACUAUAUUAAUGUCUCUAAGUUUGUUUCUGAGGCGAUCAUCAGCAUGAUGGAGAUUGGGCAUCUGUUAAUCCCUCUGCUAUAGAUUUUGCUGCUUUAUGUAGAUACUUUGUAAAAUAUCGAGUCCUGAUUUGUUUCUUAAAAAUGCAGAUGUUACUGGAAUGGUGAGUUUUCUGAGACAUUCUAAAUUUUUUGUGCGGCAAUUACUGUA